CAUAACUCCUCCUGACUCCACCCUGCUGCCUGCAAAUUUCAGGUGCUUUUGUUUUGCUGGAGGCAAUGCACUGGAAGCUGGUGAGCUUGCAACAGGGGCCGUUCACCGCUGAAGUGACAGCAGCACACCACCGGUGAGAUCCAACAGGCUUCUUGGCUGCCGGAGGUGAAAGUGGCAGCUCUGUGGGUCGACCAUGGUACUGUGAGGGAGAGCUGCCCCCAUCCCCAGCAGCAGAGCACCAGGAUGAAAGCCUUCCGCGGUGGCAGGCUCCCCCUCUCCACUCUCCUGCUCUGGAUACUCCUGCUGCACCCAGACACCAGCGGGGCCUGGAAGCAACAUGCCCCUCGCCUUCGCAUCUCCUACAAAGAUCUGCUGAAAUCCAACAGCUCUCGCCUGUUGCUGGCAUCAGGGGAUGGGUUGGAUUUCCAGGCACUUUUGCUGGAUGAAGACAGGGCCUGGCUGAUGGUGGGAGCAAAAAACCACAUCUUCCUGCUCCAUCUAGACCAUCCCAGCAGAGAGCCUGAGAAGAUUUUCUGGCCGGCCUCCAGGGAGCAGGUUGAACAUUGUCAGCUGGCAGGGAAGAACGCAGAGACAGAAUGUGCCAACUUCAUUCGCCUCCUGCAGCCGUUCAACAGGAGCCAUGUGUUUGCCUGUGGGACUGGCUCCUACCAGCCCGUCUGUGCCUUCAUCCAGCUGGGAGGCAGGGCAAAGGAUCCUGGGGCCCGACCGAUGCAGCUGGUGACCCACUCCUUGGAAUCGGGGCGAGGACGGUGCCCAUACAGCCCCCAUGAACCUUUCACAGGGCUCCUUAUUGAUGGGGAGCUCUAUUCAGGCACCUCCAGUGACUUCAUGGGCAGCAGUGCUGCUUUCUUUCGGACCUGGGUUCACAGGGCUGAGCAGAGCUACAUCCGGACGGAGCAGAACCAGGAUCACUGGCUCCAUGAGCCUGCAUUCAUUGGUGCUUAUGCCAUCCCUGAUACCUACAACCCGCACGAUGACAAGGUCUACAUCUUCUUCCGUGAGACCGCCCUGGAAGCUGGGCCAUGGGAGAGACGGCACAUCCAUGCCAGGGUGGCCCGGGUCUGCAAGAACGACGUUGGAGGGAAGCGCAGCCUCAUCAAUCGCUGGAGCACAUUCCUCAAGGCUCGCCUGGUGUGCUCCAUCCCCGGGCCCCAAGGCACCGAGACGCACUUCGACCAGCUCGAGGAUGUUUUCCUUCUCCACACGCGGGACUCCCAGAACCCUCUUGUCUUCGGCCUCUUCACAGUUUCCAGCGGUGUCUUCAGUGGCUCUGCAGUGUGCGUCUACUCCAUGGCUGCUGUGAGAGCUGCCUUCAGCGGCCCCUUUGCACACAAGGAGGGCUUCGACUACCGCUGGGCAGAAUACAAGGGCCGCGUCCCAUACCCCCGUCCUGGCACGUGCCCCAGUGAGACGUAUGAUCCCCUCCUGCACUCCACCAAGGAUUUCCCUGACGAGGUGAUCAGCUUCAUGCGCAGCCACCAGCUGAUGUGGGAGCCCGUGUACCCGCAGGGCCGCCAGCCUGUCCUCGUGCGAGUCAACGUACCCUACCGGCUCCAGAGGCUCCUGGUGCACAGGGUGGAGAUGGAGAGCAGGCACUACGACGUGCUCUUCCUCGGCACAGAUGAAGGCAAAGUCCUGAAGGUGGGCCUGGCCAGCGGGGCGAGCCAGGGCACCGAGGAGAUCAGCCUGGAGGAGAUCAGCGUCUCUAAGGUGCCUUCUCCCAUCCUGGACAUGCAGUUAUCACCAAAGCGGCAGGAACUGUUUGUGAGCAGCGCCCAUGGGCUGCUCCAGCUCUCCCUGUACCGCUGCGAGCUCUACGGCAAAGCCUGCACCGACUGCUGCCUGGCCAGGGACCCCUACUGCACCUGGGACAGCAAGACCUGCGCCCCAAACUUGCUCACAGAGAAGAGGCGGGCCCGGUGCCAGGACGUGCUGAAGUCUGACCCGCUCAGCCAGUGCCAGGACACCACAGAGGGAACCGCUGCAGUAGAGAAGCUGGUUUUUGGGGUGGAGAAGAACUCCACCUUCCUCGAGUGCCUGCCUCGCUCACCCCAGACGACCAUCCGGUGGCUGGUGCAGCACAGCGAGGAGACGGGCCCGAGUGAGGUCAGGAACAAUGGCCACUUCUUGAUGCUGGAGCAAGGGCUGCUGAUCCGCCAGCUGACGAGGGAGGAUGCUGGCACCUACGAGUGCCAGGCCGUGGAGCGCUCCUUCUCCCGGUCCCUCACCCACUACAGCCUUCGUGUCAUCGGGCACGAGGCAAUGGAGAUGCCACCCUACAAACGGGGCAGGGGGGUUGAGCUAGGAGGAAGCUACCAGGGUCCCCAGCCCCGAAUAGACCUGCAAAUGGGCUACAAAGGGUUCCCACGGGCCCUGGGGGCACCAGGCACCAGCCUCGAUGUCUACUGCAAUGCCCUGCGGCACCAGGAAAGGCAGCGGCAGAAAGCCUGGCACCAGAAGUGGCAGCACCACUCCCCAGAAAGCAAGAAGGGCCGAGUGCGACGGCACCCUCACCCUCUGUAACCGCGCAGAGCAGCCCGGGGGCUGCCUCGGCUCUGGGGCCUGCACAGGGCACAGGCGCCAGCUCCCUUCACCAAUUCUCCAGGCCCUUCUUACACGCAGGCGCCAGCUCCAAGGCACCUCUCAGCUUCAUGUGCAGAAAAUGCCUUGCAUUUACUACCUCAAACCGUGCCAGUCCCCUCUGCCUCUGCGUGCAGCCCCACGGAGCACAACAAGGCAAGGGCAGACAGUCUGGACUCAACUCAAAGCUCUUUACGCCCUGCAAAGUAUUUAUUCUCCUCAUUUUUCCCCUCUCCCUUAAUGACGAUUGUUAUUAGCAGCAAUAGCAAACACAGAGGAUUGUGAAUGGAAACAGCCAGUUCUCACAGAUGGCUCCCCAACACCAGGCACCAUCCGGAUUCCACCACGGACAUAAGCGGACCCAGACCCCCCGGAGGCAGCUGGGCACAGCCCUCUCGGCCUGCCCGCACUGGCACCUCACAGCAGAGCUGGUGCUCGGGGAGCUGCUUGCUGAGCGGGGCUCCGGCAGCAGAAGAUCUGGGUUUGCCUGAGAUGCCUUUGCCCAACCCAACCAUGGUCCACUUCAAACCACUUUUUUUUUUUUUUAAUUUUUGAAGUUCAUUUUACCAAAAGAGAGAGAAAUGACAGGCAGUUAUACCAACUUACAAUUUAUUAUUUUUUAAAAAAAUGACAUGAAACACAAGUAAAAAUAAAUA